GUUGUUCAAAGCAUGGAUAACUUCUUAUCCGCUGGAUAAAUCGCUAUCCAGUGGAUAAAUUUUAUCCAUGGCGUCAUAUCGGUUGUUGAAAGCAUGGAUAGCGCUAUCCACUCGCUAUCCAGUGGAUAAAUUUAUCCAUGGUUAGGUAGGUAGUAUAAGUUUUAUCCACCGGAUAAACACAAAUAAAAUGGCUGCUCGACAGUUACAACUUCUUCGCUGUAACCUUCUCGACAAUCAACAUCGAAGAAAAAGGAGAAUUUAUCGCCGCCAACUCGAUCCGUUUGAAACAUAUACAGACGCUGAAUUGAGAUCCAGGUAUCGUUUUGGACGAGAGGCGCUACAGUACAUCGUUGGCCUUGUUGCAGACGAUAUCGCUCCCCAAACAAAUCGCAACCGUGCUGUUCCUGCUAGAAUGCAAGUCCUUAUCACCCUCAGAUUCUUAGCUUCGGGUUCGUUUCUUCAAGUAAUAGGUGACACUUUUCAGGGAUUUGACAAGUCGACUGUCAGCCGGAUAGUUCGCCGGGUGACAAAAGCCUUGACUGCAAAGUUAGGCGACUUCAUAAAAUUUCCGUGCACUCGUGCAGAACGAGACGAAAUAAAGCAAGGUUUGUUCAGAGUAGGUGGUUUUCCCUGUGCUAUCGGGUGCAUCGACGGUACUCAUGUCAGAAUAAAGGCCCCUCACGAAAACGAGCCGGACUUCGUGAACCGGAAAGGAUUUCAUUCAAUCAAUGUCCAGGCAAUCUGCGACCAUCGAGGUAAGCAAGUUUGUGUUGCUCUCAUUAUUUGUAUAGCAAAGGGUAACAUUCCGUUUAACCCAAGCUUUACUAUGCUUACUAUCUCAUGUGUAUUUCAGGUAUUAUUUUGUCCCAAAUAUGAGCAUGAAAGCCGAAGAAUUUCGCUUUAAAAUUGUAACG